CUCUGCCUAUGCUCACAGACAUCAUGUCUAUGCUCCCAUAAACCAGCGUGAGCCAGCAACAGGAAGUGUGUCGUGUCUGCUGGGAAUAUUCCCCGACUGAAGAUCUAUCGCUGUUCAUAUAUUAGUUAUUUAAGAGCGUGAGCAUGGCCCCUAAGAGAAGAGCGGCUUCUGCUGCCAAAGCAGGGGGGAAAAAGGUGAAGGAAGAGCCCAAGGAUGCCUUCACCUCCGCAAAAGAAGCGCUCCUGGCUGCGGGGCAACAAGCUAAAGGCAAAAGGAAGAUGGAUGAGCACUGCUCCGUUUCUUCAGGAGAGGUGUACGAGGACUACGACUGCAUGCUCAACCAGACAAACAUAGGACACAACAACAACAAGUUUUACGUCAUCCAAGUUAUACAAGCGAACAACUCGUACUACACAUGGAACAGAUGGGGAAGAGUGGGGGAAAUGGGACAAAACAAACUGACUCCGUUUGCUAAGCCUGAGUUGGCUGUGAAGGAUUUUGAGAAGAAGUUUAAAGACAAGACAAAGAACAGCUGGGGAGAGCGGGCGAACUUCGUCUCUCACCCUGGGAAGUACACACUGAUUGAGGUGGACGGCGAGCAGGAUGCUGAGGUCAAGGUGGACACUGUUGAUGGAAGAGCAGCGAAAGUCUCCCAAAAUGUCCUCCCGUGCACUCUUGAUGGAGCUACACAGAAACUUAUCAAGCUCAUUUUCAGCAACGACAUGUUCAAGGAGGCGAUGGAAUGCAUGAAUUUAGACAUCAAGAAGAUGCCUUUGGGUAAGCUCAGUAAGGUACAGAUUGCAAAGGGUUUUGACGUUUUGGAGGAGAUCGAAGCUGCAAUGAAUCAAAAAGGUGGAAAAGGACGCCUGGAAGAACUCUCAUCGAAGUUCUUCACCACAAUUCCUCAUAACUUCGGCAGAACCAGACCGCCAACCAUUGACACCAAAGAGAUUGUCGAACAGAAGAAGGAGAUGCUUAUGGUGCUGGCAGACAUUGAGCUCGCCCAGACACUGAAAUCAGAAACAGAGAAGGCUCAGGAAGAGAUGAUAGAGAAAGUUCCCCAUCCUAUAGACCAAGACUACAUCUCUCUUAAAUGCAAGCUCUCGUUGGUGGCUAAAAGUACAGAAAUGUAUAAGAUCAUCGAGAAAUACACGAUGGCGACUGCAGGGGACUAUCGGAAGCCAAAGAUUGUCAAUGUUUGGGAAGUGGAUCGGGAGACCGAGGGAGGACGCUUCAGUGAGAACGACAGUCUGGAGAACCGCCGCCUGCUGUGGCAUGGCACAAACAUCGCAGUGGUGGCAGCUAUCCUCAAAAGUGGUCUUCGGAUCAUGCCCCAUUCAGGGGGCCGUGUUGGCAGCGGGAUCUAUUUUGCCUCGGAAAACUCCAAAUCCAUAAGUUACGUGCGUCCCUCAAAGAACACUGGAGUGAUGUUUCUGAGUGAAGUGGCUCUUGGCAAAGAGUUCACCAUUACCAAAGAUGACCAUACUUUGAAGAAGGCUCCUGCAGGUUAUGACAGUGUGGUGGCACGAGGCAUGGUGGAACCAGAUCCGUCCAAGGACAUCGUCAUCACCAUUGAAGGAAAGGAGGUUACUGUUCCUCAGGGAAAGGCCAUCGAACAGCCCCAGUAUGCCAAGAGCAGCUUUUGUCAAAGUGAAUACCUGAUCUACAAAGAGAGCCAGUGUCGCCUUCGCUACCUACUUGAGAUACAAAUAUGAUUGAUUAGUUUUCAUUAAUUAAUU